ACAAUUUCUGAAGGCAAAAAUUCUUGUGUAAUCAGCAUUUUCGCGAAAAGUGUUGAUGAAGCAUUUCGAUUGAGCUUUUUCCUUUUGAAAUCACCAAAAACAAAUAGUGAUAGUACGACAGUUCUUCAGAAAAUGGGUGAUUCAAAUCUUUUAGAUCAAAUAUCUAAGCUGCGAGGUGCCAUCAACACUUACAAAGCUGAACCCAAAGAUAUCACAUCAAGUAAACCUUAUGAGGCCAACUAUUCCACCAGGGGAGGUUCUUUUAGAGGAAGAGGGCGCGGAUCAUUUAGAGGAGCAAGAGGAGGCUUCCCAAUAAGAAACAGAACACUUGUUGUGAAUAAUAACACCAACAGUGAUUCUGAAUUCGUCUCAACAGUUUCUUCAAAUGGUCGCAAACUUAUCAACAAAUCAAUAUAUGAGAAGGAACUACAAGAGAAGAACCUAAGUAAAGAGGAGAAAGUUGAGAAACUUAAAGAGGCACAAUUUAAAAUAACAAUGAAAAAAUUGGAAACUAGAGCUUCAAAAAAUAGAGUGCGUUUGGAUUUAUGUGAUCGUUGUAUUAUUGAUGGUGAUUUAUAUUCAAUUUCAAGAUAUGGGGCAAGAUUGGUGUUGUUGGAUAUUCCAAGUGGGAUUAAGCCAAGAAGAAUCAACUGGAAUGGAUAUCAGUAUCAGAGACUGAAGACUGGUAAUUUGAAACUGGUCAACACAAAAGUCUUCCUGAAAGAACAAUGUCGUUAUUUCCAAAAAACAGGUGUUUGUUCAAGAGGAACAAAGUGCAAAUAUACACAUAAUUCAACCAAGGUUGCGCUUUGCAAAAACUACAUCAGAGGAAGAUGUCAUGGUGACUGUGCCCUAUCUCAUGAACCUAACGAAUUCAAUGUUCCAUUAUGUCAUUUUUUCGCAAGGGGAGGGUGUAAGAAUCCUCAAUGUUUGUUUUUACAUGUUGAACCUGAGUUGGAGUUGGUGUGUCGUCCAUUUUCUAUCGGUGGAUAUUGCUUCAGAGGUAAGAAUUGUAAAUUUACUCAUAGUUUUGAAUGUCCAGAUUUUCAAUUAUCAAAAGAAUGUCCAAGAGGUAAGAAUUGUAAAUUAACUCAUUCAGAAAAGGAUAACUUAGAUGCCAAAUUGUUGUUCAACACAUUGAAUCCUGAUUAUUAUCAGUUACCAAAUCUGACAAAAUUGGAUAACUUACAUGGUGAUCCAAGAAUCCAAAAAUCAGAAAUUGAAGAAGAUGCGUCAAAGUUUGAAUUAUAUGAUAGUGAAAGUGAUGAUGACCUUGGCGAGGGAAGUGUCAGAUCCACAGGUCCUGAUGGCCUAGAGGUCAAUGCUGACUUUAUUCAUUUCUAAGGUCUGAGUGUAUAGCUAUAUCACCUGUAUAAUAAAAAGUAACUUGACUAUUUCAAUCUGUAGAAUAUCUUGUA